CAAAACAGAUGCCUCCACAAAUCACCGACAGAGGACGAUAGAAAACACCACUGCUCCCAGGCGGAGGGGAGUCGUUUUUGUGAGAAGAGAGACAAACAACAACGUACCUAGACGGCCCUAGAUAGCAAACAUCGAGGUUAACUUAGUUAUACCGUAAAUCGUCUUAAAAAAGUUUCCAGGGAAAAGAACAACGUUUCUCAGGUAAGGUCAGCUCACCCGACGGCAGACUUCACCAUGGCCCAGGAGACCAAUCAGACCCCGAUGCCUACGCUCUGUGCUAAUGGCUGUGGUUUCUAUGGCAACCCUAGGACUAAUGGCAUGUGCUCUGUGUGCCACAAGGAGACACUGUCCAGACAGAACAAUGGAGGAGUCGGUUCUCUGAGCGCCGUGGGCAGCAGCAGUGGCCACGCAGCGGAGGCGUCGGCCAUCCAGAGGUUAGAGGCCACGCUGAACAAUGCUGCCGCCGCCGCAGUCGCUGCUGCUGAGUCGGCAGCAGAGGCCGCCGCUUCAGCCGAGGCUCUCAGUGGGGUUUCAAGUUCCCUGACGGAGAUGAGUCUCUCCUGUGGGGAGAAAGGAGCAUCAGGGAGCAAAGUAGAGCUAACAGAUCCAGUGUUGACUCAGCCCACCUCCUCGGCCUCUCAUCCCUCCACUUCUGGAGGCGAGGAGUCCAAAACUCCAGAGCCCACAAAGCCCAAGAAGAGCCGCUGCUUUCUGUGCCGCAAAAAGCUUGGCCUGAUCGGUUUCGACUGCCGCUGUGGGAACCUGUUCUGUGGAAUCCACCGUUACUCCGAUAAGCACAACUGUCCGUACGACUACAGAGCCGAAGCCGCCAACAAGAUCCGAAAAGAGAACCCUGUGGUCGUAGCUGACAAGAUCCAGAGAAUAUGAAGAGGUUUUUCACUUUGAACACUGGGACAUCCGGCUUUAAGAAAUUAAAAAAACUCAAGCCCACCCUUCUUCCUGAAGGACCUGUUUUCCCCCUCAAUUGUUUUCCAAAUUGUCUCCCGUGCAUGAAAUUUCACGUCUAUUUUCAGCUUUGUUUUUGUGUGAGUUUAACACUUGGAAAUGUGAGAUCUUGGAGAUUGCUGUCCCUAAAAACUCUGCCUUGAAGGAGCUCGGACACUUUGGGCCUGUUUGGACUCUCGAGACUUUUACCGCUGUUGGCGAAAUCUCAGCCACGCUUGCUCUCUGCUGGCUUGAGUAGCAAAAUGGAUAUCGUCCUUUUCCCCCCCCCCGUUUCUGGCCACUACGUAACUCUGUGGGGUCGGAGUUUAACCCCUCCUUACUUGUCAGACUUUGGUAAGUUUUUAUCCACCUGUAACGCUUCUCUGUGCACCCGGAAUAUCGCAAAAGAGACUUUGAAAAGAAAAAAACGUUAUCGCCAGCUUUUUCUCGCUGGCUCUUAUUCCUUCCCUCACUGCCGUGUGUGGCCCUCGUUUCACAGAAAUAAUUCAAUCAUUAUUUUCCCCUUCUGUUGAUCUCGGGCUGAAUGCUGUGACUCGCUCUGCGCCCCCAAAAAAACCCUCUGAAGUCACAUGACCAUUCAAGUCGCCUGAAAUGUUUAAUUUUUCAAAAAAAGGUGUGUAAGCUGUGUGUUGUAUGACAAGUAGCCUAAACUUGUAUUGAUGUUUCAGAAGGGUUUAGCUCCACUAAUAUUUUCACCUUUUAUUCGCCAUUGAAUGUUUUCCUUUUUCUUUUUAAUGUGAGCAGACAAAUUCAUGACAUUGGGAGUGUUGGAUUGCCGCAUACUGUGUGUUGAACGUGUGUGUGUGUGUGUGUGUGUGUGUGUGUGUGUGUGUGGGAGAAUAUGUUGGACGGCUGGUGUGUGAGUAUCGUGUGAGGUGACUUAGACCUGUGGACGUUAGGUUAUUAAUCAUUUUCAGUUUUUUGGUCCGGCUGCUUAAUCCGUGUGUUUUCAGUUUUUUUUAUCCUUUAGUUAUGCAAGUUUGUACAAACAUCUUUAUUUAUAUACUGCAGUGUGCGUAAUCUUCCAAUAAUAAAGAAUGAAUUCUA